GGCGAACAUGGUUUCGAUCUGACUGAACGAAUGAUCGCUUGUGUGGAAAUGAAGGCGCCGGUUCUGCAGGUCUACCGAUCGAAGCAGGAUUUCGAGCUUGAGAAGAAAAAUUAUCCGAGACAAUUAUGUUUCGGUCAGUUCAGCAUACUAAUGAAGAGAACGAUGCUGCAGCUCUAUCGAAACAGGUUCCUGAAAAACUUGUACUCGUAAAGCGGGAAAGCUUUAAUGGAUGGUAUAAUAUUAGUUCUUAUUUCUGGGCGUUAACAAUAACGAAAAUACCUGAACAGGUUAGUCCUCGAUGGUAUUGGUUUAAUAUUUCUCUCGAUAGCCUAUCUGAUCACUGGACAACCCAUAGAAUGGCAGAGAUGUUCCAUGUUCUUCGGCGCUUCUUUACUAACUGGCUUUAUCGGGGAUUUAAAUCACCCCCUUCAGUUUGCGUCCGUUCACGAUUUAACUUUUUCCAUGCCGCCUUCGGAGCAUACCGAACAUAACAUGGGACAGCCGUGGUCAAAGUGGGGUCAGAAUGAAAUCGGGACGAGUUCGCGAUGAGGUCAAGAUUAGUUCAGGAUGAGUUAGGUUACCGGGUUUUCGGAAAAAGGAUAUUUGUGACAUCCGUCCGGCAGGCAUUAGUAGAGAACACAUUAGUAGAGUGUGAAAAGAGAAUUGGGAGUUUUUUUCCCCUCCAUUUUUAUUCUCUCGCCCGUAUCUCGUAAACCAUUGGAGAGGUAAGGUUGCUGCCUGAGGGAACGUUGCUGCCGCUGGUAAGCGCUAUCAUGCGCACUAACCCCACCCUUCCACCACCUCCCGUUGAGGCGCUGUAUUUUUGGAAGUUGCGUUUUUGGUAUGGAGAUAGUCUCACAACUUUGCGACGGUUGCGAAUAAUUUAUCGGGGUUGCAGGAACCGACGCUCCUUUCUUCAGGCUUUUUAACGAACCCAGCCCCACCCCCCUAACAUCACUCGUUCGAAAGUUGCAGCCGGUUUCCCUUAAAAACCUAACGGUCAUUCUUGUUUUCGGGCUUCUAAUUCUUCACAAAUUGAAAUAUUACAUAUUUUUUUGUUACCUAUUUAUUUAUG